GGCUCAGGCAGGGGAGUCAGACGGGGGAGUACCGGCUUGACGGAGCGGGCGUGGACGAGGUAGAGGCAGACUGUCAGGCUUGUCAGCGUAGGAGAGGUGGUCAAACCGGUCUCAUCAGUAACACAAGAGCAGUCAGAGAGAUAAUACGCACGUCCUUCACUCUUUAGGCAACAGUAAGAUCUUGGUCUCUCAACACUGUACACUGGGGACACGAAAAGCCAAGCAGGUGUUAAGGAGUGAGCAGCGGGGGGUUCAGGUGACGAGUCGUGACAGGCAUCAUCAAUCUCUCACCAACAGUCACGGAGGUAAUACGAGCGUCUCUUCUUGAUACGUAGUGAAGCUUUGUUGUCUCACGCUGUGCAUUGAAGACACGAAAAGCCAAACGGGUAUCAAGGAGUGAGCAGCGGGGCAUCAGCUGACCCUGACAAGGAUUCAAGCCGAUUCAUCAGUUUCUCCCCAGCAGUCGCGGGGGUAACGUGCGCGUGCCUGUCCCUUGAUCUGUAAAACUUUGGUCGCAGCUGUUGCGUGGAGGCGAGGCAAGCAGAUUAUGUGGAGUGGAGCUGCGGAGGUGACAAUCAGAUAACAGUCUCCUGCCAGCAUCCAAGGAGGUGGCACGGUCAUCCUUCGCUCCAGCAUCCACAACCCUCAGCUCUAAAGAGUUACUAAAGAAAAAGAGGAUCAAGAAAGCAAAGGAGGACCACGGAGAAUCAAGAAAGACAGACAGACAGACAGACAGACAGACAGACAGACAAACAGAACGAUAGACAAGAAAAAAAUAGACAGACGGAGACGGAGAAACACGCAGAGAUAACCAAAGACAGACAGACAGACGGACAAACAGAACGAUAGACAAGAAAAACAAUAGACAGACGGAGACGGAGAAACACGCAGAGGUAACCAAAGACAGACAGACAGAAACGGGGGAACAGAUAAAAGAAGAGACAGACGGAGAGUCUAAGAGGCAAGAAUCAAGAUGCAAGUUAUUCCAAUCGUCGAUCUUGGUGAACUAGGGUUGGACAACUCGACGAAAUGCGAGCCGAGUGAGGAGGAAUGGCAGCGUGUAAGCAAGGAGAUCAGGGACGCCUUCACGGACAUCGGCUUCCUCUACCUCACCAACCACGGCAUCGCGCAGGACCUGAUCGACAAGGUGUUCUCCGCGGCGGGCGAGUUCUUCAGCCUGGACGCCGCCACCAAGACGCGCUACUCCAGAGGCGUGCAGAGCAUCCAGGGCUACACGGGGCCCGACCAGGAGAGACUGAGUGAGGUCCAGGGGGUGCAUGAGCUGCGGGAGAGCUUCGAUGUGCACACCCUGACCGGCACCUUCCCCGACGCCGAGGUGGCCGGGCUCAGACCCGCCGUGGAGGAGUUCCUGAAUAGGUGCCAUUUGGUAUCACUCAGCCUUCUCACCGCCUUGGCCUUAGCUCUGGGUCUGGAGAAGUACUACUUCCUGAAGCGACACAGACGAAUCAAGAGUGACGACAACGCCUCCUGCCUGCGACUCUUGUACUACCAAGCGCUCCCCGACCACGACGGUGACAGCGACUCCACGACGACUCGCUGCGGGGCCCACACCGACUACGGGACGAUGACUCUGCUCUUCCAGGACCAGAGUGGCGGACUGGAGGUGAAGGAUCGCGCGGGGUCGUGGGUGAACGCUCCGCCUAUCCCCGGGGCCAUCCUGGUCAACGCGGGGGACAUCCUGCAGUUCUGGACGGCCGACCGCUUCAUAGCCACGGAACACCGCGUCCUCCUGAGCGGGCCGAGGGCGGCGCCGCGUCAGUCCAUGGCCCUGUUCGUGCACCCUGACGGGGACGUAAUUGUUUCGCCCAUCGACGGCUCGGACGCCUACACGCCUGUGGUGGCCAAGGAGCACACCAGGAAGAGGUUCGAGGACACCUACACACAGUGACGGACUCGGCUACUGCAGAGUGCGGGGCUGGGCUCAUGGCCGUAUUUUAAGACACCAUCGCUGCUCACAUCAACUAUUUCUAAAGGUCAAAGAGGGGAUCAAUCGGGAUUUCAUAAGAUUCACGGUACAGAAGAAGGGUCAAACUACCACCAGGGUCAUAAAACUACCCCUGGAAAGCCCUACAGCUCCUACGAAAGCCAUGUCAGAUAUGUGAACUUGGGCGACGAAAUGUUUGAAAAUACGACCCCUUAGUUCUUGCCGCAGUUCUUCAUUCUGCUAACGUCUCCCCGAUGCUGCCGGUUGUUAUAAUUUAAACUUUCGUAGUAUGGAAUAUGCAGUUUACGAUAGCGGAAAGAAAAAAUUUUGCGAUGAAUUCACCAAAUACACGGGUCAAGCGAGCAUGCUCAGAUGGUCUGGGCUCUCACAAUAACUAUUGCUUAAGGCCAUAAGGGAGGGGUUUUCAUGAGUGCUCUUCACGUUCAUGGUGCAGAAGCCUUGUCAAACUAUCACUAGGCACAUAACACCGGCAAUGGAAACACUUAAAUAACCUCUAUGAAAGCCUUGUCAAACUCUCUAG